ACGUAUGAGACGCGUGUCCACUCGUUUAAUUUUAAACAAAUUUAAUUAUCUACUUAUACACACCUAAAGAUGGACGACAUAAAUAUCAGUUGAGCUCAAGUUAAACAACACUCUAAUGUAUAAUGCCUUUUAUAUCCAAAGAGUUUUUCAGAACAACAUUCCAUAACAAGGGGAAAAAUAUCAAUGGCCAAGUGGACAUUUGGAGUCCUCAAACUUUGAUGCACCAUGGAUCUUUUUUUAGCCUACGUGGACAUAUUUAAAGUUAUGACAACCUUCCAAUGAGAUAACCAUAUCUAAAAUAACCAAUAAAAAUCAGCCACAUAGGACAAAGCAAAAGAUGCCAAUUCCAAAGUUCAAAUUUCCACCUCUAAUUAUGAAUCCACUCUUUAUCAUCUCAAUCUAAGUGACCCUUUGUCCUCUCAAAAUCACAUCAUAUUAUUACCAUACUCCUCCAACUUUUGUUUUGUAAUUCUUGAAAGCAAAAGGCAAAAGAAAUGGCUACUUCUUCAAUAGUCUCAAUGGCAAUGCCACUAACAUGCAAAAGCCAAAACAAAAAACCAAUUGUUGAAGCUUUUUUUAAGCCAUUGCCAAUUAGGUCAUCAAAACAAAUUGCAACACCAAAAUCAACCAAUAAGUUUGUAGUCAUCAAGGCUUCUAGUUCUUCUUCAAUUAAGGAAAAGGCAGUGGCAGGAUUGUCAGCAGGUUUACUCACAGUAACAAUGGUUGUACCUGAUGUAGCACAAGCUGUUGAUGGUGUGUCACCAUCACUCAAGAACUUCUUGCUUAGCAUUGUGUCUGGUGGGGUUGUGCUUAUUGUAAUUGUUGGUGCUGUUAUUGGUGUUUCCAACUUUGAUCCUGUCAAGAGGGGUUAAUCUUGUGCCUUUCUUUUAAUUGUAUCUAUAUGAUUUGUGUAUGUUUACAUGACAAUUAAUUCCUUUAA